UGUGGAUGACCGGCAGGUGGAUUCUGUUGAGGAUGAGGUGGCCCAUGCCCUGCAGGAGGCGGCCCGUGAGGCUGAUGACUCCAUCCCUGAUGGUUCUGAGGCGGCGGAUACCCUUGCUGAGGGUGCGGAGGCCCCUGCAUCCCGUGAGGCACCUCCUGAGGAGGCGGAUACCCUGCAUAUUGUUGAUGCCCUAAAAACAAUACUUCAACUUGCAAUUUUUUAUUUUGCUGAAAAUUCUAACCUGGUCCAGGUGGAGGACCUUGCUGAGGUGGAGCCCCUUGGGGAUAAGGGCUUUGCGGUGCUGGAGACGGCGGUGCCGGACUGUGAGGUGGAGCCCCCAUAGGGCUCGGAGCCUGAGGUGGGGGCAUGGGGCUGCUAGCUGGCGAAGGACUGGCCAUUGUUUGGCUUAUUCUGAAACAAUUUAUUUCUGGUUUAAAUGCAUGCAUGGGGAAGUAAAAAAUGUUUUAUUUUGUGACUAUGCCAACAACAACAAGCCUACUUAAAGCCUACACAAACAUUUACCUUUUUGCCAAUUAGGGUAGAAGCAAGCCCCUCACUAUACACCAAACAUGGGCCCUAAUUAGAGCUUUAAAAAUAAACAAAUUAAUUAUUUAAAAAUCAAUAGUAGCAAUAGAAAACUGAAGCCAAAAGUUUCCCUUGAAUGAAAAGGGAACGCUACUAGUGCUGCCCUCUACCUAACUAGCGGCCAUUUGCAAAUCAAAAAUGUCAAACGUCCUUGUUACUUUGCUCGAGCCAAACAAGGAUGCAAUAGAAACUUGUUGCCAACUUCACUUGUAUAUUUAUCAAAAUUACAACAUAACCUCACAAAAAUUAAAAAAUUCGGCAUUUUAUUUUGUUCUUUGUGUAAAUUAUUGUUUAUUCCAAUAAAACCAAUUUUUGUUAACUAAUUUAUCCAUCUAGACAAGAAUGGAGUCAAACGACCAACACUCAGACGCCUCCUCGGACAAACGAAAAAAAAUGUCUUGCGGCUUGUAUUUCGACGCCCCAAAGAACCUUAAAGAAGCCAUCGAAAUGAGCAUCAAUUUCGGCUAUCAUUUCUUGGUAACUCAACUUACCCAUCCGAGUUUGGUUGAGGAUUUCGACGGCCCUGAUGCUGCACACGUUAUUGGUAGAACCGAUAGGAUUUUAAAGGCAGUGGAAUGGAAUAGGCUCAUACUAGGCGAGUUGUCUACUAGCACAGAUGUGGACAGUGAAGAUAUUGAAAUUCAAAAGUCCAGCAGAGCCACGUUGGAGCAGGAGCUCGGGUUUGCUUCCCAUUUGGGCCUUCCCGCCAUCCUAAUCUAUCUCACAAAACCCAAAAACAUACAACUAGCUAGAAUUAUAAAUGAGAGACUUGUGUUAGGGUUGCAAUUAGCUGUUUGGGUGCAAAUUCCAAUUGUUCAUGUUUCUAGAGAAAAUCCUAUGGGGGAGUCUGAACAUGAUACCUGGGAUUGGUGGAAUGAUUUUCGCACUUAUUGUGACUACGACAAGCGUUUGAGGCUGGUUCUUGAAAUGCCCAGCAUUAAAAAUUGUCCUACGUCUGAGGAAUUAGAUAGAUGGAUUGGCGAACCUGUCAAGGCCUUAUUUUUGAGGACGUCCCAAUUCCUGAAAAACCAAUUUGGAAAACCAGUCUUGCCAAAAUCGUAUCAAAAUAUAAUCCAAAGAUUCAUGGCCCUGGACGUCCAGUACAUCAUUUAUUCAGACACCGAAGAUUCUGAUUUGGGCUCCUACUCAAAAUAUAUAAACUUUUUAGGCAAAAAAUUGUACUUUUGCAAUAAUAUGGCCGACUUUAUAGAAGGCUGUGAAGAUUAUCUCCAAAAUCCUUUGCAACCUUUAACAGAACAUUUGGAAAGUACCGUUUAUGAGGUAUUUGAAAGAGACGCUACCAAAUACAUCAACUAUGAAAACGCAGUACUAAGAUUAUUAAAACAUUGGAAAGAACCACGAGAACCUGUUAUAAUGGUAGUCGGUGCAGGCCGAGGCCCUCUAGUCCAAGCAGUUUUAGAUGUAUCGAAAACCUUAGACUUAAAAUGCAAAGUUUAUGCUAUAGAAAAAAACCCCUACGCAAUGAAUACUCUAGUACAUAGAAACAAAUAUGAAUGGGACUCUCAAGUGACCCUAGUCAAAACUGAUAUGAGGUCUUGGGAAGCUCCUGAACUUGCUGACGUUUUAGUAUCAGAGUUGCUGGGGUCUUUUGGGGAUAACGAAUUGUCCCCGGAAUGUUUGGAUGGGGCCCAAAAAUUCCUCAACCCCAAAACUGGUGUUAGCAUACCCUCUCAAUACACCUCUUUCAUUGCCCCGAUACAAUCCACGAAAAUCUUCAACGAAAUCAGAGAUAAUAGAAUGCCAGAUAAAACACUUAAGCAAUCUUAUGAGACACCUUAUGUGGUGCAUUUAAAUAAUUUCUAUCAGUUGGCCCCUCCUGAGGCUUUGUUUGUUUUUGACCAUCCAAACUUUACUGAUUGUCCAGACAAUAAAAGAUACAAAUCAAUACGGUUUCCUCCUAUUAGCAAAGCAGCAGUUCUUACAGGAUUUGCAGGGUUUUUUGAAACUGUUUUGCUCGAUGAAGGGUCUGAAGAAGGGAGUAAAGUAAUGUUGUCUACUAACCCUGAAACACAUACACCUGAUAUGGUAUCUUGGUUUCCUAUAGUCUUUUCAUUGGCUGUGCCAGUUCAAUUGAAGGCAGGCGACGUUGUCAGGGUGUCGUUUUGGCGCGAAGAAAACUUUGAAAAGGUUUGGUACGAGUGGUGCUUGGAAUCUCCGUGUAGGACCCCUAUAAUGAACGUCAACGGAAGGUCUUAUAGUCUCAAGAAAAAAUGAUAUUUGUUUUAAUUUUAGGAUAGCUGCAAGGGUGGGUGCCCUUACAGAAUUAUAAUAAAUUGUAACGUUGAGAUCAUUUCUUAUUCUUAUGUGUUUACCGUUAGAAUUUUGUGUUAUUUUUUUAUUUGUUCUCGUACUUUACACAUAUUUUGUGCAGCAAAGGAGUAUAAAACAAAACUUAUUGUUACUCUUACUAUAUAAAAUUUUUGCAUUUACAUGUUUUGCUUUUUUUUGUAGGAUUAGUGGCGAUCAUUCCAAUCUUUAGCUAUAGAAAUACAACUUUAAUUUCAGAAAAUUCAUUCAAGCCAUUGGAAAUCAGUAAAAAAUUAUUAUUCUUUUUCUACGAGCGUGCGGGAAGAGAUUUCUUCCCUUUUUAUAAAUACCUUUCAAUACAUUUUUAAUUCUACCUUCUGCACAAUCUGCAUUUUAUUUAAAAUAAACUUCUCGUAACAUCAGUUUUAGUAUGCUCGUAGAAAAAAUAUAGUUCCUAACUCUUGCGGGAAGAAAUUUCCGGCAUUCGUUAGGAAAAUAGCUAUUUCCAAAUUUUAGGGCCACUUUUCUAUAAGGUUUGGGCGAGUUUGAGUACAGGGUGGCCCGUUUAAGAGGGGCCUAUACCUUAUCUCGAAAUCUACAAGAGCUGUAGAAAAAAUUUAAAUACAAAAGUUGUUUCUGAUAAAAUUAUCCACAGUUUUUUUGUCUAAUUUUGCGCUAGAACUGAAGAUAAUUGCCAAUCAUGCCGAAACGGUGCAUCACAGACCCAUUUUAAGUAUAUUUCCAGUAGGUAUAUCCUUGAAUUUG